GUUUUUUUUCCCCUCAAGUUGAUAUUUUCGAAAACAUACAGUACUUGAAUGCAGCAUUACCCAUCAGCCUACACUAACUACACGUGUGUUUACAGAUGAUAAUCACAACAUCAAUCAGUCCACACAUGCCAUAAAAUAACAUAUUGUUCUGUCCUGCCGGUAGAUGGGGACAGUCAGGGUCCCAGUUUGGUAGUAAGGAGUCCUGGAAAGUCUUUGGACCACCCCUGACAGGCAAUGGGAGGCUUCCCAUUGGUCUGGUGUUGGGUGAGGUGUCAAAUGUCCCGUGGAUCAGUGAACGCAGCCUACUUCUGAAGGAAAGUAGGACAUUCCGGUGGGAUUUUAAUCAAUGAGCUGAAGUUUGAACAAGAACGUGUGAUGGUUAAGUUUCAUGUGAGUGGUUAUAUGCAGGAGAAAAGAACUACAGAAGUUAAGUUUCAGUACUGAAGAGUUUGUUACAGCAGGGUGGAUUUUGAGCUGGUAUUCAGUGUUUUGUUUUUGGCACAAGAAGUCACCGAAAACAGACAAUGUCGCAGCGUGAACACAAGAAAAACGCGGAGCAGCCGACUUUAAACUCGGAACACGAGCUACACAGCGUCGCAGUGAACCCGAGGGCGGUGUGUAACGUGUGUAAACGCUUGUACCGGGACCCUAAAAUCCUGCCCUGUCUGCACACCUUCUGCUCCGACUGUAUCGGCCAGCUGGAGCCGUUCUCGGUGUCCUCUCGCAGACACCGGGGCGGUCCGGAGGAGGGCAGGGGCGGCGAGGCGGUGGAGGAGGACCGACUCGCCGUCACCGUGACGGUGCUCUGCCCCGACUGUGACUCCGAAGUGGACAUCCCGCCUUCGGGGCCGGCCGGGCUCAGCAUCGACCACCUAGCGCUGGACGAAGUGUUCCUGGAGACUCUGGUGACGAACGGCCCGCUGGGAUGCGACCUGUGCGGGGAAGGAGGCGCCGAGAGCCGCUGCGAGGUCUGCUGUGUCAACCUGUGCGAGUUCUGCUGCCAGGCACACAGGCGGCAGAAGCGAACAGCGUCUCACUCAGUUCAGUGUCUGGAGGAGCUGAAGUCUCGAGGUCGUCUCUGCCGUCCUGUCCUCUGCUCCUUUCAUCCUGGCCAGGAGCUCCGGCUCUUCUGCCAGCCCUGUGACCUGCCAGUCUGCCUGGAGUGUGCUGCCACGCUGCACCGUGACCACCGCUGCUGUCCCACACUUGAUGUUAUCGAUCGUCAUGGAGACUGCAUCAGAGAGCUGGUGACAGUGCGCCUUCGACCUCGCCUGGAGCAGCUGGAGCGGUCACUGCAGAAGGUGGAAGUAUCCCAGGAGGCUUUGCAGGCACGAGUGGAGGCAACUGCAAGCGAGGUGAGGGCAUUUGCACGAGGCUACGCCAGCGCUGUGGAAGCCCACUGCGUGUCUCUGCUGCGUCGUCUGGAGGAGCUCCGUGUCCAACGCAGGAACCAGCUCCACCUCCAGAAGGCGCAGCUGCAGCAGGCUCUGCUGGACGUUCGAGGUGGUGUGGAGUUCGCAGAGAGACUGCUGAGCUGCGGCUCAGACGCUGAGAUCCUCAGCGCCAAAGGAGUGACCCUGAGAAGACUGACCUUGCUGACAGAGAGCAGCUACGACCCCCACCUGGCAACAGUCGCCCCCGACGAUGACAGCAGCAUCAGCUUCAUGCCCAGGGAGCCAGCAGGGGAGGUGGAGGGCUACCCGGUGGUCGGGGUGAUCCACGCUAAGACGGUGGAUCUCAGCAAGUGCACCAUCGAAGGAGAAGGCCUACAGCGAGGGAGGGAAGGCCAGCAGGGUCACUUCACCCUGGUGUGCCGAGACUCAGCUGGAGAACAGAUGGCACGAGGUGGGGAGCACGUCCUGGUCAGCAUCGUUCACAAAGAGAAGAAAAACUGCACAGUGGAGACGACAGUGGUUGACAACAACGAUGGGUCCUACACGGUUUCAUACACACCUGAAGAGCUGGGAGCUUACUCAGUGUGGGUUUGUGUCAAAGCCCAACAUGUCAAGGGUUCUCCGUUCAUCCUAAAUGUGAAGAGGAAGUUCAGGCGUCACACUGGAACGUUUCACUGCUGCUCCUUCUGCUCCAGUGGAGGAGCCAAAGAGGCUCGCUGUGGCUGUCCAGGAACUAUGCCAGGAGGAUUUAAAGGCUGCGGUCACAGCCAUAAGGGUCACCCUGGGAAGCCCCACUGGUCUUGCUGUGGCAGCACCGUGGAGCAGUCUGAAUGUUUGCUUGCCAGCGUGUUGGCUGCAGUAUCCCCCCGCGGCCACCUACGCACUGUGGAGCUCUGAGGCGACGUGGAGACAAGACCUAUCAAGAUGAUGCAAGUUAAUAAAGGAUGGCAACAACCAAAAGGUUAGAGCAGCAGGGGAGUAAGCUUACGGUUGUUGGUGUGAAUAUUGGGCAGACUUGAAAAGGUCAGACAAGGAAACUGAAGCUCUAAAGACACAGUGACAGGCACAGGCAGGACAUCACAGUUGCUGUGUCCUCUGGCAGACACUCUGCUAGUUGUUGGCCUAAUUGUGAUACAGGAGCCAGCAUACCAUUAGAUACUAGCAAAUAAGACACACAUCAAAAUGUUUCAGGCCAUGUUUUAAAGUGCCUUUAGUGCCCCUCCAGGCACUGCCUACACAGUCUGACUGAACUUUAACCACUUUUUAUGCACACAUUGCAGGAGCUUGAAUCACUGAAAGACAAGAUACGUGAUCUACUCAAUAAUGACAUUGUCACAGUCAUACAAGAGUUCAUCCAUGUGAGAUGCUCAUUACAAUCAGUCUCCUACUAAAGCAAACGUGUGAAGGGUGCAUGUUUACAGUUUACCAGCAAUCUUUCAGUCUCAGGCUAAUGUGUUGAACCUGGAAGAUGCUGUCUGUUUCAAAGAUGCUGAAAUCUGUUCCAAACUCAUUAGACUGGAAACAUCAAAAAUGACCAGACUGUUGUCCUGAACACUUUCUCUGAGAGUACACAGGAGAAUACACAGAGGGAAGAACUGUGAUCCUCACAAGCGUUUACAUUCUCAUGAAUAAGUUUAUUUUGGGAGGCAAGUAAUUACUUACUAUCAACUAUGUAAUUAUGAAGUAAUUAGUGAUGCAAAAUAGAGCCCAACACAUAAAUCAGUAGGCAGAUAUUAUCGGCCAGUACUGACUCAACGUCAGCCGAUAAGUAACAGGAAAUUGCAGUAUAAAAAUGCCAAAUAUAUGUUUAAAGUAUCACUAUUACAUUUGUCCACCAGAGAGGACUGACAAAAAGUGUCAAAUGUCCUCCUGCUCAGUACAUCAGUUGUUCACAAUUGUUUAAAACUCAAAUUUAAAGGAACCUUAUCAAAAUGUAUCUAAAAAAAGAAAAAAUGAAUAUUGGCGAAUAUAUCAUUAUCAAAAUUUUAAAACGCUGAAAUAGCGACAAUCCAGUAUCAAAUGGGCUAUAGUACAAAAACGUCUUUGUAUGAAGAAAUAACAUUAUAAUGCUACAUUUAAAAAAUUGUAUUUAAAAGUUUGUUCAUGUGUGCUCUGAGUACCUAGAAUUUAUUUACUAUGUUACUUACUACAGGUUAUUUACCACUAUUGACCUUGUUUUUAUGGGUAAACUAUGGGUUGUUUGGCAUAGUUUCCCAAUUAAUACCAAGUGAUUACUCUACUAUUAUUACUUUAUUUUAUUUUAUUUCUUUCUGCUCACUUCAGGUUAAUUUUUAUAACAAUAAUUACUAUAUAUUCACUAGUAAAACUGCCUCCUACUGUAGAAGUAUUAACAGGUACUUACUCUUUUGGUGGGUAUGUAGUAAUUACCAAAUAAGUAAUUACAGAAAAAAAUGACAAAAUAUUAAAUAAUUAUCUUCCAAAUUACCAAAUAUUAUUAAUACAUGAAAAUGAUCAAUAAUAAAUGAAUACUUUUUAUUUGCUGCAUGUAAUGUUAUUAUUUCAUGGUACUAACAGCACAUUUGGUAAAAUAAUAAUGAUUAUUAUUAAUUAUGUUCCGUUGAUGAGUUGAUCCAUAUUCUGUGUUGUCAUGUGUUGGGAGAAUACUGUCCGUUUCCCAUACAUAUAUGCAUUAUUGUGGUCAGGAUAGAAAGGUGCAUACAAACAAUUCAUCCUGAAUAUUUCAUGAAUCAUACAGAAAUGCCUGUGAAUUCUCUCAGGAUUCUUUGGAGGCUGUUAAAAAUGUGAAAAAUAUUCUAUUUCCAAACUACAACAUGUGUGAAUGUAAAAAUUUCACAUGUCAUUCAAAAGAGCUUAUCAUUAUUUUGAGGAGAAAGUCAGUCAAAUCUACACAUGGUCUUUUUUUUCCCUUCAGUUUCAUUAGCGAGCAGCUACACGAUGCCUUCUAGUGAGGAGGGCUUCAUCUGGGAAACACUGUGACCUCGAGGGUGUCGUCACCUUCCUCAUAGAAUACAAAAUUGUUCCUCUCCUGAGGCGGUGUCACAGUACUGACUUAAACCACUAACACGGAACUCAUAAUGAGCCACUUAUUGCCUUUGUGUUUUUUCCUGUAUUCCUGAACAUGCCCUAUUGUGAGUGUGACUGCAGGUAGAAAUGUUUUUUUAAUAUUAAAAUAUGUUGGAUCUGCUGAUUUUAAAGACAAAUAGUAAAGUAGACCUAUGCAAAUGGCUAACAUGAUGACUAAUCUUUCAUGAUUUGUGGUCCAAAGUCUUCAGAAUGACAGGGAGCGUCUAACACUGUGAGUAUGUUGCUGCUGUUCACAUUUUGAGAUGUUUCUAUUACACGCUGACUGUAAGUUCAUCUGUAUGUUAAAGUGUUACACACUACCUUGUUGUGCUCCACUACUUUUUACUGAAACAUCUGCACAAUAAAAUAAACACAUUUAUUUGUCCGUUUUCA